AUGGUGAAUGAAACAAAGAACUUAAAAUUAAAACAACAACAAUAUUCGAGUGCAAUGGUAAACAAUGGACAAAAUCAAGGACCAGCAUCUUGUCCACCAAAUAAUACCGCAACAACCACAACAACAACAACUACAGCAUCAUCCUCAACACCUUCAUCGACAACACCACCCACACCAACACCAUCAAAUCAAGAGCAACAACAACAAGAACAAUUACAACAAAGUCAACAGCAUCCAUCAUCGGUAUUAACAUCUUCGUCAGCACGUAAUUCAUUACAGACAGCACCUUUAUCGGGGAUAUUAUUACAUAGGCCGUCACCUAUUAAAAAAGUUACAAUUAUUAGUGCCAAAUCUGAGGAGUUAAUAGCAGCAACACCAAGUGAACGUAAUUGGCGUGGUAUAUUAAUUGCAUUGUUAGUAAUUGUCGCUGUACUGGGAAUGAUUGUAUUUAGUAUUGUAUUGGUGUCACCAAUUGAAGAGGGUCCCCGUGUUAAAGGUCGUCGGCCAACAUUACAAGAGACAUUACAAUUACAACGGCUUGCAAAUAAACCGUUUAAUGGGAGUUGGAUAUCAGGUGAGUAA